CAAAAGGAAUAAUUACAUUAUACUAUAUACAAAAGAUAUAAAUAAUUUGCAGAGAAAGCGCGCUUAUCAGCUGGAAAAGUGAAUCAUGGCCUACAAAUGGGUGCAGUCGUCGGCGUACUCCUCGAUACCGCCGAACGCCGUUGUGGGCGGCAAUGAUGAGGAUGGCGCCAUGAUCUAUGUGGGCCGGGCGGAGCAUGAGGGCGAUAUGCUCGUCUGCAAGGUGGUGCCCACCAAGCAGAUCGGCUUUGUAUCGCAGCGCGGCGAGGCACUGCCCAAGGACAUAUUCGAGAUACUGUGCGGCGAGAAUCUAGUCUGGGUCAAGUGCUACGAUCACGUGAUACCCGAGACAGCGGUGCUCUGCGGUCGCACCCAGCUGGAACAGCCCGUCUACAUUGGACGCGGCCACUAUGAGGGACAUUUGAUAAUUGGGAAAAUCUCGUCGGUGCAUCGUGCUCUGUUCAUUGCGUAUCGCGGCGCGGAGCGUCGUCUGGACUCGUAUGAGAUUCUGGUGGAGGAACGCCAAGGCAUGCCCGGCUGGCAGCUGCCGCCGCCGCCGCCCGAACAGCUGGAGUUGGCCGAGAAAUGUCCGGUAACGCCGCCGCCGCCGCCCAUGCCGCAGCUGCUGGCUGGCAAACCAGCCGCUGCUCCCGGACGCUAUCCGUAUCCGCCGGACUUUGAUGCGCCGGCCUUUGCCUUGCACGACAGACCACCACAGUAUACGCCCAUGCCCAUGCCCAUGGCCGGGACAGAUCCGUAUCCACCACCGCCGCCGCCGCCAGCCCGCCCAAUGGGGCCCUCGAUCUUGCCGGAGUACAAGCCACCGCUAGCCGUGCCCGUGCCCAUACCAGUGAAGCCCUCGCUGCCGCCGCCCUCCUAUGUGCCCGCCGAGGUGGCGCCCUCUUAUACGCCCGCCGAGGUGGCGCCGCCUGCUGCCGCUGCCGCGUGCUCCUUUACGCCAGCGGACACUUAUAAGCCGUCAUUGGAUCCGUAUGCGCCCAGCUGCUCCUCCUACACGCCAGCCGUGUGUGCUCCCGCGCCGCCUGUCUACGGCGGCGGACCGCCGACCCAUGGCGUCGGCUAUGAUCUGUGGAUGGCGGCCAGUCCCGGCUAUACGCCACCGGAUGCCGUCUUCGGCGGCCACGAUAGCGACAUGGCGCCGCUGCUCGUCUGUCGCGCCUACUACGAUGGCACCCAUAUACCGGGCAAGGCGGCGCCCAGUCGCGGCUGUGCCUACAUAACGCUGGCCGGCCGCGAGAUUGUCGAGUCGCGUUACGAGGUGCUCAUCGGACAGUCCAAGUACCAUUGGGUGCCCGGCCGUGACGGCAGCAUAGCUGCCGGCGCCGUCGAGGCGGGCCGUGCCUUCAACGGCGAGCCGUUAUUCAUUGGCCGCGCCCACUACUGCGGCAGCCUGACACCUGGCAAGAUUCAGCAAUCGCAUCGCUGCCUGCACAUACCCUUCGGCGGGCAGGAGGUGCGCAUCAGCAGCUACGAGAUUCUCGUGCGCAGCGACAUCUAUCAUCGCCAACAGGGCAUCAGCCUGAGCUACUGAGCUGGAGCUGGCAGGAGACGUUAACAUGACCUUAAGCAAAUUCCAGAGCAGCUACCUCAAAUGUAAAGUCCAUCCCAUGGGCAAAGAGUAACAAAUUCAGCUUUCAAUUUAACAACAGUCUAUAUAGAAAAUGUAUUUUCUUUUUAAAAGCAGUAUCAAGCGCUUAAUUAAAUAUAAAUUAUGCUUGAUUCCAAAAAAAAAUAUAUUGAAUUAAGCAUAAAGUACUUAAUUUAAGGAUUUACACACUAAAAUAAAAAUGCUCAACGGAAUUCCAAGAGCUUUUCCAUUCAGAAAUCGAAGAAAACAA